AUGGAUGACAGCAAGUUUCUCGAGGCCUCGGCCAAACACCCCAUCGUCGACAACCACGUCUACAAAUAUGGCACUGCGGGCUUCCGCAUGAAGGCCGACCUGCUGCCCGGCGUCUCGUUCCGCGUCGGCCUCAUUGCCGGGCUGCGCAGCCGCAAGCUCAACGGCCAGGCAAUUGGCGUCAUGAUCACCGCCAGCCACAACCCGGCCGCCGACAAUGGCGUCAAGAUUGUCGACCCCAUGGGCGAGAUGCUGGAGCAGGACUGGGAGUCGCACGCCACGCUGCUGGUCAAUGCGCCCACGCACGAGGAGCUGCUCGAGACGUACAAGAACCUGGCCUCGCAGCUCAAGAUCGACCUGGCCUCGCCCGGCCGCGUCGUCUACGGCCGUGAUACUCGCCCCUCUGGCCACAGCCUCGCCGCCGCCCUGGCCGCCGCCCUCGAGGCCACCAACACCGAGUACACCGACUUCAAGAUCCUCACCACGCCCCAGCUGCACUACCUGACCCGCUGCGUCAACACCGAGGGCACCCCCAAGGCCUACGGCGAGGUCAGCGAGGCCGGCUACUACAACAAGCUGUCGGAGGCCUUUGUCCGCGCGCUGCGGGGCAGACAGAUCCAGGGCCACCUGGUUGUCGACUGUGCCAACGGCGUGGGCGGCCCCAAGCUCUCCGAGCUCCUCAAGGUCAUUCCCAAGGACAAGACUGGCUUCAACGCAAAGGUUGCCAACGACGAUGUGCUGCGUCCCGAGGUCCUCAACCUUGAUUGUGGUGCCGACUUUGUCAAGACGAAGCAGCGAGCUCCCCCAAACGUCAAGCCUGCCGCCGACACCCGAUACUGCUCCCUCGAUGGCGACGCAGACCGUCUGAUCUACUACAUGGCCGACCCUGAGGCCGGCUUCUUUAUGCUUGACGGAGACCGCAUCUCGUCCCUCAACGCCUCCUUCAUCGGCGACCUUGUCCGCUCUGCUGGCUUGGAGGAUGAUAUCCGGAUUGGAGUCGUCCAGACCGCCUACGCCAACGGCGCAAGCACUACAUACAUUGAAAAGAACCUGCAGCUCCCUGUGGUCUUCACCCCUACUGGUGUCAAGCACCUGCACCAUGCCGCCUGCCAGUUCGACAUUGGUGUCUAUUUCGAGGCCAACGGCCAUGGCACCGUUGUCUUCUCCCAGGAGGCUCUUCGUGUUUUCCGCGAGAAGGAGCCCCAGUCACCGGCUCAGAAGGAUGCUCUUGAGACGCUGGCUGCUGUCGGCGAUCUCAUCAACCAGACCGUCGGCGAUGCCAUCUCAGACAUGCUCAUGGUGGAGGUCAUUCUUGCCCACAAGGGAUGGUCCCUUCAGGACUGGGCCACUACUUACACCGACCUGCCCAACCGCCUUGUCCGCGUCGAAGUCGCCAACAAGGACAUCUUCGAGGCCACCGACGCUGAGCGACGCCUUAGCCACCCUCCUGGUGCCCAGGACGAGAUUGACCAGUGCGUUAGGAAAUACACUACGGCUCGCUCCUUUGCUCGUGCCAGCGGCACUGAAAACGCCUGCCGUGUGUAUGCCGAGGCUGCUACUCGACACGAGGCUGAUGAGCUGGCCAACAAGGUGGCCAACAUCAUCAAGCAGUUUGGCUCAUAGUUUUCGUAUGAAAAUUGAGUAAAUACGCAAGGGAGAAAACAAGUAAAAGACAAAAAACAAUAUACCAAAAAAAAAUUAUGAGGAUCUGAGAGCAAGGAGCCGUAUCAGUUGUUUUUGAGCUACUACUAUCACGACUGGCAAACUACACAGGAGAAAAAAAGCAGUUGACGAAUUUGAAUGAUGGUUACGAGUUACUGGGACGGCAUUGCUGGAGUAGAGAAUUUGCAAGAUUUUACAAAAAUAAAAAGGGCGAUUGAUAGAAUUCGCGCAACGCUGACAUAGAUGUCCAUAUGGCCUAGGUAGUUUACCAGUUUUGGGGAGAAUGCCUACUAGUAAAUUAGGAGUGGCUGAGAAAAGUGCAAAUAUUUACAACUCUAGAAGAUGCUUGGUCUUUCGAUAGUAAAGUCUAUUCAUUAAGUUUUGUUUAUUUUUCUA